AUGAGACACGAGGGCUUGCGUGUUGCAGAUAUGCACUUUCGGACUGAAGUGUUGAAGACUUUGAAGCUGCGCUACGAGGAGAAGUCGAAGGACUACGAGGCUUUGAAGAAAAACCUGGAGAUGGAGUUCCAGCGAGCAGUUCGGCUGCGAUUCCCUCAGAAUGAGGUCGCCAAGCGUGGGCCGAAUGUCUAUGAGGUCAAAGGCCGAGCAGUCAAGCUGCAACUGGCUCAAGGACGUCGUGGCUUCCUGGAGCCGUUCGUUGUUGACGGUCCUUUGAAGCAACCUUUGGACGAUUACCUCUCCGGCUCCAGCCGCAAUGAAGCCUGGCUGGAACCUCCGAUGGUGCAGUCGGCUUUGCAUGCACUCCCGCGCCCCCAUCGAGUAUCCUUCGAGGAGUUGUACCCGACGAACAGGAUGGAGGCGAUGCUCCUGGCCGUGAUGGAAGCAGAUGCUCGCGAGACCCACGCCAAGCAGAAGCUCUCGACAUCGCCUUCACCGGAUAAGCGCCAUCGAAGCUGCAGCAACCCUCCUCCGCCGGCUUCGACGAGCCCAGGCGUCCCUGGGCCACCGCUGCCGGCUCCGGCUCCGCGGGUCCCAUUCACGCGAACGGCUGUGCCCUCGGUCAUUCGCGGCCUGCCGAUGCAUAUUGCAAGUGCCGCGCGCGGCCGCCCCAUGGAGAGUCGCUCCGUCUCUCCGCAGAGGAGGCUCCCAGUGUCACCCUCACCCGCCCAUGCCAGACCAAGCCAAGCUCCAAGGCCUCCGGUCCUGGUGUUUGGCACGGUCCCGCAGAGUCCGCAAAGUCCUGGCCCAGCGAUUCCCAAAGUCCCGGAGGAGUUGGGGCCACAGCCUGGGGCUGUACCGGCGCCGUUUCCCGCGCCGACACUGGUGCCGCCAAUCCACGCCGAGGAAAGCCGCACGGAAGUGCCAGCCCCUUUCGAGCCGCAGAAGCUUCUCUCCUUGAAAGAACUCCAGGAGGCUUUCUCGGCGCUGCAGAGCGACGUGCUGUCCCUUCAGAGUGAACUCCAGUCCAUUCGUGCUGCCAGAGGCGAUCCGGGCCAGCAGCCGACAGAGGCGUCAAUGGCGCUACAAAGCGAUGAUAUAGCCGAAGCCGAGACGGACACCAGUGAGGAUGCAUCCACAGAGCGGAGCUGUCGAAACUUACGCCGAAGUUGGUCGGAAUGGUCGCGGCCGGAUAAAACAUGA